AUGACACUGGAGGGUGACGAGCCAGCUGGCUGCGUCAACAGAGCCUUCGAGGGAGUCGAUGAUGGCUUCCAAACAAUUGACUUAAGAACAACAAUCAGAAGAAAUGGGCAUUAUCAGGGUGAAGAAGAUACAGCAUCACAGUUGUCGCCUGAAGAAAGAGCGCUCAGAUGUGGUUGGGGUCUGAUUAGACCGCGGUGGCUUCAGAGAUUCCGCACUGCAAAAUGGGCGCUUUUCUGGCUAUGCUGGGCGGGGGCUAUACAGGGUGUAAGAGUCUUCGCAGACGUGCUACUGGCGAUAAACAUGAAAUAUGAGUUUUUGUUUUGCGUUUCUAGCAAGCCAAAGGCCGCUACACCGAGACCAAGGCAGGCUUAUAUGCAAAUUUAUCUGCCAUUUGUCAAAACAGAUGAUCACAUAGAGCCAUUUUACGAAUGGAAAAUAAAAUAA